UUUGGCAUGUCUGUGCAUGUCCCACUAUAUAAGAACCAGAUGUUGAUCGCCUGUUACAAACACCCCACUUUCAGCUGAACCUUUCCAGUCUGUAUACUGCGGAUAUCUCAGGAUGAGGGUCAGUGUGGUUCUGCUUUUGUUCUUCUUCUGUUGUGUUCAGCUCCAGAGAGGUGAUGACCAGCUCGUAGUGGGGGACGUGCAGCUUCUGAACAAGAGUCAUGUGGAAAGUUCAGAGCCAGACCAAACCAGCGUCCAUCCCGAUGUGUGGACCGAGCUGAGAGAGCUGCGGAACAUGGUGGCAGAGCUGAAGAAACAAAACACGGCUUUGGAGGGGAGAGUGGUCUCUACUGAAGUGGGUGUGGAGGCACUGAGAGAGGAGAACGCAAAGAGGUCUCCAAAUCCCCCAAACUUACAAAGUGCAGCUUUUAAUAUGGAAAAAGACCUCACAGCUCGGACACCAUACUGGUUUUCAGCAAAGAGAUCACAAAUAUUGGAAACGCAUUCAGUCCAAUCACAGGUGUUUUCACUGCUCCACUCAGAGGAGUCUAUUACUUCAGGUUUAAUUUAGUUGGUAACAGCGAGUCAAACAUGCUGGCCGUAUGUUUGUUUAAAAAUAAAGAGAAAAUUUUAGACGUGAGUCAAAUCCCGAAUGGAUUGAAUAAGUACGCCGUUGGUGGAGCCACUCUGCUGCUGCAGAAAGGGGAUCAUGUGUAUGUUAAGCUCAGAAGUAACAGUCAGAUAAGUGACAACAGUGACAACCAUUGUACUUUCAGUGGUUUUCUGCUGUUUGCAAUGUGAAAUGCUUUUAGUGGCUAGGAGAAAGAGGGACCAGCACAGCUUUGAUGUCAUACUCAUCAUGUGGCUUUGUUUUUAUAUAUAUAUAUAUGCUGAAUUUCUUUCAUAUAUGUGUUCUAAUCAAAAAUGCAUUCCAAGUUCAAGAAUAUACUGCAGAUUUUCUAUUUACCAAAUACUGUUUAGAAUACAUUUAAAAUGUGGCCUGCAGUUUUAAAAUGCAGGAGACCUUAUUAAACAGUGUGAUUCUUUCUUCUAUAUUUGAUAUAUUUUGUGUCAGUACUCUUUUGCUUUAUUAUAUUCUUUGCAUUCCUUGCCCUUUUUAUUCAUCCAAAAAUGAAUGUAA